AUGGCAAUGUCUCACAUCGGAAAACGCACGGUAUGCAACUCAGCUUCCGAAGUGAUUUCGCAACUCGAGGCGGUGCACCCCGCAGCCAAGUUGUUCUUAAUUCAGGCAGUCGUGCUAGCCGGCCAGAUCUGCGUCGAGCAACUCGAAACAUCGAACACGGUCUUGCUACAGUCAGCCGAUGACGUACGCCAGUUCAAUCGGUCUGAGGAUAGCAUCUGCGAUGCCGUCAUCAAGUCAUACGUCGACGCAGGAGUCAACGUCUUCUUCUGCGGCGGUACGGUCAGCGCGCACUCGCUGCAUUUUCUGGACAAGUACGAUUGCGUUUGUAUAUCGACCGGUUCGAAGUUUGAGCUAAAGCGCAUCGCACACAGCAUGCACGUCCCCGUGAUCCAGCAUCGUGAGCAACCCGCCGAGUCCGAGAUUGGGCUUAUCGCAAAGCUUGAGCCCGCGGAAUUUGGCGGCAGGUUGUUUACAUUAGUCGAGACCGUGGAACAAUACUGCGGCACGCUCAUUUUGCGUGGUAGUAGCGACCUGCACUUGGAGGAAUCUGAGUCAGCCGUCAAACAUGCGCUUGCUGUGUUGUCCGGCCAGCUAACCUUGCGUUAUAAUAUAAAUCUAUAA